AUGGUUUAUACGGGCAAGCCUAGUCGCGGGUGUGGUAUGUGUAAGAGUCGUAGGAUAAAGUGCGACGAGAAACGACCAACAUGUGGGAACUGUAAGAAGUCGGGCCGGGCGUGUCCAGGGUACCCAGACGAAUUCGACCUGGUCUUCCGAGAUGAGAAUAAAGCAAUGGCGCGCAAGGCGAGAAAGGUCGCAGCUCCAACGUCUUCGCCUCCAAGAAGCAGCACAAUUGGCUUCAGUUCGCAUGUUUUUCCACUUUCUUCACCACGCCCGAGCUUCGAGACUACGCCUGACACAAGCCUAUACCAAGUGGAAACACCUACAUCUCAAACAUCAUCAGAUGUAGAGGAUGGACAACUCAUAACCUUCUCUUCAUACACAACACCACCAAAUUAUGAGACGUUUCAAGAUUUCCUCUGGAAUAUCGAGCAGGCGCUCCCGCCCACCAUUAUCCUGGCUCCAGAAUGUGAAGCCAUUCCGUUCUUCUUCAAGAACUUCAUCACACUACCUCAGCAAGCGGAGAGUACGCGAGGGUACCUUGAAUACCUAGUACCUCUGUAUAAUCGGGCGCGUCCCUCUUCCGUCUUGCACAUGGCCACAAGUGCUGUGGCUCUCGCGACAUGUGGACAAUAUCCUGGAAGACAGAGCUUAGUCCGUGAAGCCGUGUCUACCUACGGCAGAGCGUUGAAGAAGCUGAAAGUGGACCUUGCAGACUCGGCGAAGUCAAGGUCUAACGAGACAGUGCUUGCAGUGCUGAUGUUCUCCCUAUACGAAACUAUAAUGUCAACAGACGACACAAUAACUGCAUGGGGAAACCAUGUAGAUGGAGCUGUAGCACUGACCAAGUUGCGAGGUACAGACCAAUUCAGCGACCCGAUGUCUCUCGCCAUGUUCCGUGCAGUACGGACAAUGAUGAUAACAAGCUGCGUCCAACGCUCAAAACCCAUCGACACAUUUCCCGGCACUGAAGGCUGGAUAGAACCUAUUGGAGAUCUGAACGCCGCUAACCGCUUAACCUUGAUAUGCAUCGACCUCCCCAAUCUGCGGGCGCGAGCCAACCGCCUCACCAACACACCCCACAACCCCACCCAAGAGAGCGAGGCCGCGCAAAUCCUCGACUUUGCGCAAAUGGUCGACGGCAACCUAGAGGAGUGGUAUCGCACACUACCCCCAGAAUGGAAACACCACAUCAUCGGCGUGGUCAGCGAGAUACCCGCCGCUACCGAAGACAUCACGCUGGUGGAGAAGUGGCCGGGUGAACAGCAUGUGUACCACGACGUGCCACUCGCAAGUAUCAUGAACGACUACCGUGUGUGUCGUAUCUUCUGCCGGCGCGUCAUCAUGGCGUGCGUGACGUGGCUCGGUUUUGGAGAUACGGGGAACUGGGAUGAAGAUGGGGCGUAUGGGCGAAGCGUGUUCAUCAUACAACAGAUGGUGGAUGAUAUCAGUGCGUGUGUACCGUUCCACAUGAGCUACGACUUGCAGCCGUUAGCGCGGGAGAUGGGCCAGGAGCAGAAUGCUGCUGAAGCUUUUGGCGGGUACUCGCUCGUUUGGCCAUUGUAUGUUGCUGCGAACGCGGAGACGGUGCCGCAGUUGCAGAGGGAUUGGCUGUUUGGGCGGUUAUCGUUCAUCGGAACGCAGUUUGGUCUUAGUAGUGCGCAGGUUCUUGUCUUAGCUAGAAGACAUGUGCUUACAUGCGGGCCGAUGUUUCCUUGA